AUGUCGUCCUCAAAGCGCAUGCGGCUCGGCACCAAAAGCUGCACGGAGUGCCGCCGAAGAAAAGUCCGCUGCAUCUUCCGGGCAGACGAAAGCGCCUGCGAGGCAUGUCUGGCCCACGAGGCCGACUGCGUAGCUCAGCAGGCUGGAGGCCACGAAGUACCCAGCGACGAGGUUGACACUCUAAAGCGGCGCUUACGGGACCUCGAGGCAAUUGUCCGCAAGCUUCCUCCGAAUGCGACGCCGUCGCCCGGCUCCGAUUUUGCUGGAGACGAUGCGUCUGUCGUGCGUGAACGAGAUGCUCGCGGCGACCUGUCCUCCACCACGACACUGUCGCACUCACCGGCGACAACACCAUUUACCGUGGGCGGGUGGCCAGUGCCGACAGCAAAGCGUGGUGGAGUCAAGCUGUCGUCAACGGAGCCGGCCAUCGAAGACUCCCCAUUGAUCCUCCUAUUCAAGGGCGCCUCACUACUGGACAAAGAGAAUGCGCCCGCAUCUACAGCACCACCGCCUUUACCCGUCUCAGCUGUAUCUGGCGUGCUUCAACACCGACAUCGUCUCGCCUCACUGCUCCCGUCGACGCAAGACCUUGACGCCAUACUAGAAGACACAGAGAAAUACUGGCCGAUAUGGCCGCGAUACUACUAUGGAGAGCCCGGGGCAACCGACUUUCUGGGACCCGGAAAGGGACAACUGGCACGACAGCUCCUCUUCACAGUAGCCGCCAGCUCCGUGGAGCCAGGACUAAUAGCAAGAUCGGCUCUGUGGGUCGCGCUUUGCGUGCAGCAGACGUCUAGAAGCGUCUUGUCCAUUGUGAGCCUUGCUUACUCGCAGUACGAUCUGGUUGACGCAUACAUACGAACAGCAAAGUCGCUGCUGGAGCUGGACGGGGAGCGCGGCGGGACUCUCGAUGGCAUCGAGAGCAUGAAUAUGCUGUACAAGUUGUCCAUCAAUAUCGGGCGGUCGCAAACCGCGUGGUACUGGUGUCGACAAGCCAUCACCACGGCCGUGAGCUUAGGCGUCCCCCGCAAGGUGGAUGCGCUGGACAUACGCGCCGCGUAUGCGUGGUCCAUGGCAUGGCAGACGGAGCGGUUCAUGGCCCUGAUGCUUGGGCUGCCAACGUCCGUCUCAGCAAACCACCCAGGAACGUCAUCUUACUCGCCUUCCGCCCCGUUGAUGAGCCGCAUCAUGUGCUCGGUGGCACUCAUCUGCGGGAAAGCCAUCGACCGCGACCAGGCGCACCACGCUGCAGCUAGCUAUGCGACGACCGUCGAGAUCGACCAGGACAUGGAAGAGGCAUACCGCCUCUUUCCAGACGAGCACUGGCUCCCAUUAGCACCGGAUAUGUCGCUCUCCGACUGCUGGAACCAGCAAGCCAGCAAGGUUAUCUUCUUCACGACCCUCAAGCUCGUGCACAUGCCGUGCAUGCUCAAGUCGGUGGGCGAAUCCAAGUUCCUGUACAGCUGGGAUCGCGCCAUGGAGGCCGCCCGCGGUGCGGCGACGGCAUACUCCGAAUUUAGGACAUGGCCCGGCGCCAGCGCGACCCUAUGCGAACUAAUGGACUUUCAGGCUUUUAGCGCGGCUAUGGUUCUCAUCAUAGGGCACCUGAUAUUCCCUGCGAGGGCUACAUCACUCGCCAAAGAUCAGGACUGGGCGCUCGUACGAGACGUGUCUCUCUGCCUGCGGCGUACCGUCGCCAUCAUGGACUGUGCCGUCGCCGCGCAGUCCGUCCGCAUCCUCGAUCUGGUUGACGCGGCACGUCACGGCGCCUACAUUGCCGACGACGACUACGUCGUAACCAUCCCCUACUUUGGGAGGAUCCGCAUCAACAAGAAGAAAGUCUCGGUAGACAACCAGAACGAUAGCGACAACAGCCGUACCAGCCCUCGUAUUGGUCUUAGUCCAGUGCUGCCCGUCGACUCGCUAUCUACGCUCACAGACACGUACUUCAACACUGUCGAGUUUAGCACCAUGUUCGCGCACGAGAACCCCUCCAAGCUCGAUUUUGAGAUGGAGCUCUGCUCCAGCUGGGCGGACCCGGCACUGUUUAACGCGGAAAUCGACCGGACCCAAACGUUUAACUGCGGCCCCUUUUACCCGUUGCAAAGCUAG